AUGUCGUCCGCAACUAACACCGAGCCCAACAUUUGGAGCGAAGAGGGACAUUCUCAUCCUGAUCCUAGCAGCAUCCCCGAUAGUUUAAGAGUUGGGCCUUCGAGGGUCCCUCCUAAGCCUUCUGACGAUGUGUUGAAGCCUAAUACCUCGACCACUAAUCCAUUUUUGAGGAGGCAACAAUCACAUACUUCACAAAAUGUAGUAUCUGACAAAAACGAAAGUAGUGCAGAUAUUUGGAACGAGCUUACAGAGAAACCCACACACCCAGAAUACCCACCCCCGCCUCCUCCUCCUGUGUCUGAAGUAACCCAACAACUUUCGAACAUGGAAGUGUCUGGACAAAAUCCCAAUCCAUGGCAGCCCGUUACGAAUGAAAAACAGCCUAUACAAAUGUCCAACCUCCAACGAGAAGAUUCGGGAAACGAAGCCUGGUCAGGCGCGAAUCCCCAAAAUAUCAUUACUCCCGAGUCAUCCGAACAGUCGCAGCAGCAUGUCUUAGUAGACAUUGAUGAACCUGAAUCGCCGGCAUGGGAUGAGGAUGAUUACGACGAAGGAGACGACGAGGAAGAAAUUCCGGCUGAUUCUAAGAAGCCGAUAUUGCCUACGGAUGAAACGCAUGAGAUACUAGAAGGCCAGCAUGCAUGGGAUUCUGCUAAUGGUAAAGGAUCAAAUCAAACCCAAACAGCAGUGCCGGUUCAGCCCCCUGGGCACAAUCAAUACUCGAGCCCCUCUGCGGAAGGAUGGAAUCUUAUUGACCAUGAUGUUAUACUGGAUAAUGCCCAGCAAAGCGGUGUUAUUGGAGUAGAUGGCACGCAGAUCUCUACUUUACCCUCUGAAGAAGUUCCUCCGGCGCUUCCACCGCGAAACUCUCGAGAUCAUCCCCCCGUUCAACCUGCGCGACCUGUUGUAGAUGCGGCAAACACAGCCACAAGCUCGAUUAUGACUCCUGAUGUAAUCGCAUCCGUUGAAAGACAAAAGAAAGAGACGUACGAGAUCAAGAAAAUAUCUUGGCAUGAUGUUAAUGCCGGACACAACCCUAGAGUUUCACCUAUCCUGGUGCAAAAUGCUAAUGGGCCUUGUCCGCUAUUAGCUCUUGUGAAUGCUCUGACUUUAUCGACCCCUGCCGGUGUGGAGACUGCUUUGAUUGAGACACUUCGGUCAAGGGAGCGAGUUAGUCUUGGAUUAUUGCUUGAUGCAGUUUUUGACGAACUCAUGUCUGGACGACGUGGAGAUGCUGCACAAGAGCUUCCAGAUGUGGGCGAUCUCUAUUCCUUCCUACUGACACUCCAUACUGGAAUGAAUGUUAAUCCUCUUUUUUUUCCGGCCGAGCCUAUGCAAUCAACGAAUGAGCUUCCGAGCUCAAUAUCAUAUGCAAAACAUGGGACCUCACCUCCGGGUACAUUUGAAGAGACUCGCGAAAUGAAGUUAUAUGGUACUUUCUCAGUGCCUCUGAUUCAUGGCUGGCUCCCUGAGGAAGAAUCACCUGCUUAUAUAGCACUCAAGAGAUCUGCUCGAUCAUAUGAAGACGCACAGAACUUGAUGUUUCAUGAAGAAGUGUUAGAAGAAAAGUUAGCUUCUGAGGGUCUCAGCUUCGAGGAACAAGGAAUUUUAGAGGAUAUUUCAACGAUUAAAGCUUUCCUCGCUUCCGCGGCGACUCAACUUACAGCUCAUGGCUUGGAUCUUAUAACUAAAUCUCUAAGUCCAGGCGCUGUAGCGAUUUUGUUUAGAAAUGAUCAUUUUUCUACAAUUUUCCGGCAUCCAACAACUCUUCAACUAUUGCAGCUCGUCACAGAUUCUGGCUAUGCAGGGCACGAGGAAGUCGUAUGGGAAGGUCUUAUUGACGUUAAUGGAGAGAGGGCCGAGUUUUAUUCGGGUGACUUCCGUUUAGUUGGUGGAGCUUCCACAGUACCUCAUGGAAACGAAGAAGGUAAUUGGACCACAGUUACAGGGCGUAGAAAUAAUAAUCGAAGUGAAGCUUCGCAUUCUGCCCCGUCACAGAAUCAGCAGGAGUCGAAUAGUCACGAGCAAGGCAUAAACACUGAACAGGAAGAUCAUGAUCUUGCCUUGGCUCUGCAAUUGCAGGAAGAAGAGGACGAACGUCACCGAAAUGAAACCGCUCGGAGACAAAGAGAAUCGGAGCUAUCACAGCAGUACAUCGAGCAGCAGGGAAAUAAUAGCAACAACAAUAAUGGUUCUGUUAGUCACCGUGGCGGUAGCGGACGGGGUAGUACCAGCGGUCGUGGAGUAAAUAUUCCUGUUCGAAGCUCAACUCGUGGUAGUACUCAAGGCCGCCCCGCAAUUCCACCUCGCAAUAGCAAUAUUGCCAUCGCUCCUGUUGAUUCAGAAGCAGGAAUUGAUGCACCACCUCCUUCGUACGAGCAAGCUGCUACCGAACCGGCCUACCAACCUCCAACUAAUCAUCCAGCCCAUCCAAACGCAAAUCCAAGCCGAACAAGUUCUUACGCAGCAACAUCAGAUAGUCAGCAACGUGUUCCAGCUAACGCGACAGGCCGUCGUAACAAUUCUACAUAUGGUGGCCGUGGAAGGGGUGGUCAGACACUAAUCGAUCAGGUCCCUGGACGCAGGAUCCAAAACCCAAAUCAAUUAUCGACUCCGCAGCAACAUGAAAGACAGAAAGAUUGUGUUGUUAUGUGA